GAUGCAGUGUUGUUGCCUAUGCUAGCUUGAUCACCAAGCCGACUCCAUGCCCAUGUGAUAUGUCUGGAGUGUAACCCACGGUCUAUGGUCUGGAGCGGUUUGCCUUUUUGUUGGUAUAGUAGAGGCGGAGUGUAACACAGUUUGCUGCUAAAUUGUGUUCUCGUCUUUCUACCAACGAAACGGAUUUCAAACGCCCGUACUGAUGUAGCGUUAGCCUCUCCUGAACUCAUCCCGUCUUCAGUCAGUAAUCCCGUAAAUUCAACUGGAUGCUGACAGUCACUUGGGUGGGGCUGACGCGGAUGACAGUACACGGGAGCAGAGUCGAGGGAUAAUCAAACCGCAAAAAGGAUCGACUAAAGGCACCGAGAGCGGCGAAACGGCUGGAUGAAGCCAUGACCAAGCCCGAGUCGAAAAAGAGCAGCGUGGCCGCGAUCAACGCAACCGGCAAGUGCGCCACAGCCGCAGCCGCCGCCGAGCAGGUCAACAACGGCUCGAUCGAGCCGGGCUGUCCAAGUCAGAGCCCACAAAUCAAAGGCGGUGUGAUGAAGCAGACCUCCAGGGAGAGCCUGUACCGGAGAAACACUGAGUGUGAGGUCUAUGACGACGGAACCAACACCUUUUUCUGGCGAGCCCAUACUGUGACAGUGCUGUUCAUUCUGACCUGUGCUCUCGUCUACGUCACACUGUUGGAAGAGACCCCGCAGGACACGGCUUACAACACUAAGAGAGGGAUUGUGGCGAGCAUCCUGGUGUUCCUCUGUUUUGGAGUGACACAAGCUAAAGAUGGACCCUUCACUAGACCACAUCCAGCUUACUGGCGAUUCUGGCUUUGUGUCACCGUCGUCUACGAGCUGUUCCUCAUCUUCAUCCUGUUCCAGACGGUGCACGAUGGACGACAGUUCAUGAAGUACAUUGACCCCAAGCUCGGGGUGCCCCUCCCUGAGCGUGACUAUGGAGGAAACUGCCUCAUGUACGACCCCGGCAACACCACCGACCCCUUCCACAACAUCUGGGACAAGAUGGAUGGCUUUGUUCCAGCUCACUUCCUGGGAUGGUAUAUCAAGACGCUGAUGAUUCGGGAUUGGUGGAUGUGUAUGAUAAUCAGUGUCAUGUUUGAGUUCCUGGAAUACAGCCUGGAGCACCAGCUACCUAACUUCUCAGAGUGCUGGUGGGACCAUUGGAUCAUGGAUGUGUUGUUGUGUAACGGUCUGGGGAUCUACUGUGGCAUGAAGACCCUGGCGUGGUUGUCAAUGAAGCCCUACCAGUGGCAGGGCCUGUGGAACAUUCCUACAUACAAGGGGAAGAUAAAGCGUAUCGCAUUCCAGUUCACACCAUACAGUUGGGUGAAGUUUGAGUGGAAGCCUGCUUCAACUGUUCAACGCUGGCUGGCGGUGUUAGGCAUCAUCUUUAUGUUCCUCCUGGCGGAGCUGAACACCUUCUACCUGAAGUUCGUGUUGUGGAUGCCUCCUGAACACUACCUGGUGCUUCUUCGCCUUGUCUUUUUUGUCAACGUGGGAGGCGUAGCCAUGAGGGAAAUCUAUGACUUCAUGGAUGACCCGAAGUUCCACAAGAAGCUCGGCCAGCAGGCGUGGUUGGUGGCAGCCAUCACAGUGACCGAGUUCCUCAUUGUGGUCAAGUAUGACCCCAACACCAUCAUGCUGCCCAUCCCCUUCUCCGUCAUGCAGUGCUGGUUUUUAGGAAUUGUCCUCAUCGCCACAUGGACUGUGUGGCGGUUCUUUAUCCGCGACAUCACACUGCGUUACAAAGAAACCCGACGACGCAAACAGGAAGUCCCCACAGACCGGGAGCGUCCCCUGGGCAACGGCAGCACAUCCACCCCGUCCGGGCGGAGCAAGCUGAACGGAAGCUCGGAGACGGUGCGGCAGAGGAAGUCCUGAGGUGGCGGACACGAGUCGUAACCGGUCGGUCAGCAGCAGCAGCUGGAAGGGGGAAGGAUGAAGUUUGGUGGGAGAAAAUGAGAAGACUGAAGGAGAAUCGUGACUCAAAAGACGCAUGUAUAGGCAAACGGAUGGACACGUGUAUGUGCUGUGUAGAUUGUUUUUGUGCCUAUGUGAAACCAAGUAGUCAUUCAACCAAGGCGAGGGGUGGAAGGGGCAGUUUUCAUUCGUUAUUGUCUUACUACAGGGAUUUACCUCACUAUUUCUUAGGAACAUUUGGGAGAGUAUACACAGGACAGGAUACCUUCUUUUUUUGCAUUAUUUAUACAUUACUUUGGAUGUUGGGUGAUGAGGUAAAAAAAAUAAAAAGAGAAAAGGCUGAAUCAAAGAGAGGUAGAGUAGAGGAGGAAGGCAUAAAGAUGACCAGGGAAGUAGAUAGACUCUGGACCAAAUAAUUGGCAGCAGUUUCCAUUUUCUCAGCUGCACUUUGUCUUUGGAAAGACAAGAGAUGAGCAUCAGGAAGAUGUCCGCCACUGUAAAUAUGCUUCGUUCUGUGUUGCGCAGUCACACCAGUGCAGGUGAGAAAAAGGAGAGUAUUGGGAUUUUUUCGUAGGUGAGCCGUUCAGUAUCAAACCUGGGGUUUUGGCCACAAUAUUGCCAAGCAGGGGUUAAAAUGGAGCUUCGUUAGUAAUGACACAUUUCUGUUAAAAAUAGUUAGGGUUUUUUUUUUCUGUUUUUUUUCGUCCAAUUAUUCCAAUGCAUUUUUGACAGUUUAGAGUCUUAGAUUUGGUCACAGGCUCCUAAUACAUCGUGUACAUGUGGGAGACUUUAAUUUACACUUCAGGGUUCAUUUCUGGGAACAGUGAGCCUCAGGGUCCUUGUAACUGCUGGGGAUCCUUCCUCAGUCCGCCACAGAGAGGGAAAAAAACCUCUCAUGCUUUGUUCUUGAAAAGAACGACAAGUUAGUAACAAGAAAAAACAAAAGAUGUACCAUAUUCUAGGUAUUUAACUGCUGAUAUUAUACAUGAUAUAUGGGAUAUAGUUUGGGUGUGUUUUGUAGAUGCUUUGUUAUCUCUGUCGUUAUUUCUUUAGGGUUAAUUGAUUAUGAACACUAGAUUGUACUCAAGUUCCUCAUUGUAAAAACGAGGCAUUGAGAAAAUUUGCAGCACUCUAAUGAAACACAUUCAUGACAAUCCCACACCGACGGGAAGCUGUGCUCCUCUCUGGCGGAGACAUGUUCACCCACAGCAGCACGGUAACAAGUGGCAGAUGUCUGGAUGUUGCUCCGCUCCAACACGACUGUAAAUAAGGCAGAUAGCUCGUUCAGUCACAUCAGAACAAGAUUUAAUAUGAUUCUUUUUAUGCCAAAUCUUUAUUUAUUUUAUUUUUUUUUGUAUUUAACUCUUAAUUUUUUAUUGAAAUGUUCUGCUGUGUCUGAAUCGGUUGAGAAAAAAAAUGAAAACCAAACUUAUCUCAAGAUGUGGAGGCGAAGGCUUAGUUUUGGUUUGGGUAGAGAAACAACCUUUCCAGCUCCGUGAGGUUUCCUUAUUGCACAUGCACCAAGCCAAAGCUUAGAUCUCUUUUCUUGCUAAAGCCAUAAAUGCCACCCAGACCCAUUUCAGCCACUCCAACACCUCUUUCUAGAUUCCUUUUUCAUUUCAGCUAAAGCAGAGUCCCAAAGACAUCCCAAGACAAAUUUACUAAGGUAAAAAAAACUGGAGGCCUCAAUAAAAUUGAAUGUCUCUCACUUUAAAUCCGUGGAAUCAUCUUUUCCAUCACAAAUUUGUUAAAUAAAGAGCUGUAAUGAUUAGUAGAUCAAGAUUACAGGACGGUUAAACAAAGAGUCAAGAAAAUGAUCAGGCAUGGUUAGAUCUUAUAGUUUUUCAUAUAUCAAAAAAAUAAGCUUUACAUGGAAAAAGAAAAUCUAACAUGGUCUUUGUUCUGUCCCUGUGUCGCUGCUGUCAGAGAAUCAUUGUCUGUGUGUUGCUCAUCGUGUCCCAAUGACUACAUGCUACCAACUAGAUGAAAUCUGUGAAUCUAGCACCAAAAUAUCCUGUUAUAAACUGGGCUGUUUAGUAACUUUCUUGUGAAUGUAAUGCAGCAGAAUCUGCUGUUCAAAACGAGAGGGUCUUGUAAUCAUGCAUCAGUUUACUUUUGCCAUAAUCACUGAAGUGUGUCAUUUCUGCAAGGCUGAUUCUCUGUUACUUACACAGGCCGCAACUUUCACCCUCUUCUUUUGAACACAGCGACUGCUGUGCAAAUUUAAAAACCUUAAAAACGAUGUUUAGCUUAUACGUCAAAGUUUGUACUUGUUAUCCUGUGCUGUGCUAAUUCCGUCGCUUGCGAACUUGGUAAAAGUUCAUGAAGUCUGCUGUUCUCUUCCUUUCUCAAACAGAUGCUUUUUAGUCGCGGGCUGGGGGGAUUCACUGUGUACCUGUGUCCAUGCCUUGGAUUGGUCGAAAUGCUUUCAUUAGUAGAUUUAAACCAACCCAAGUCAUGAAUUUGCACAUCAUUCUCUGAAAUCACAAAAUAGUGAAUUCGGAAACUGAGGUCAUAAUGAGCUGUGGAACCUAAUUGGCGCCACUCUGCCCAAAUAAGGAACUUUUUCCUUAGGUGCAUUUGAGGGUUUGGGUGUAGUAUCACUUGCAGCCACAUGAGGGCGGUAGAUGUGUAAUUACUGUCUGCCCCCUGUUAUUGUCUCCUUGACAAUUUGCAACUUGCUGUAAAAGCCAUUUUCAACUUGGUUUGUGUAAAUGUGAACAUGUUCAAGAUCAUUUAAACUGAAAUAUGCUGCUGCACCACAUAAUUUUAUAACGUUUUCAAUAAAACCAACUGAAAACUUGAA